AUGUCUAACAUCACCAAAAGAGAAUUUGCUGAGCUUGUCGUUGAUGGCAGCAACUACUUGACUUGGGUCUUGGAUGUUGAAAUCUACCUGGAUUCUUGUGAUUUAAGCAACACUAUUGUUCUAGCUUCUCAGAGCACCUCUGCCCAGAAGGAAAAGGCAUUGAUUUUUCUUCGUCAUCAUCUUAACAAAGACCUGAAAAAUGAGUACCUUACUGAAAAAGAGACUGAAUUGAUUGAAAAGACCCUCUCUACAUUCCAUGCAAGUAAUCUUAUACUCCAGCAGCAGUACAGUACCAAAAACUAUUCAAAACACUCUGAAUUGAUCUCUGCAUUACUAGUUGCAAAGAAACACAACCAACUUCUGAUGCGCAACCAUAAUGCUAGACCAGUUGGUUCGCAAGCUGUGCCUGAAGCACAUACCGCAAAUCAGAGUAAUACUCAUGGGCGUGGACAUGGUAGAGGUCGUAGACGUGGUCGCAGGUCUUAUCGUGGUGGUAGGGGUCGUGGUCGUCACAAUGCUAAUGGUCUUCAGGACCGUGGUAAGUGUCAGAGCAAGGAUACAUCUCCUUCACACAAGCCUAACUCUCAUCAACAGGUUGCAAAUAACAAGCAAGCUUGA